UAGUCUAACAAUCUCACACUCACAAAGCAACACAGAAAAGAAUAUGUGUUGUUGGCGGAGAUAGCAGACAGUUCUCUGGUGUUUCAGUUAUCCGAAAACAAAUCUUUGUUGUCAAACAAACAUGAGGAAAUCUCGGAGAAUGUGUUAUGCGUGUAUUAGGUCAAUCUUUGGCCUUUUAAAUGGAUUAAUUUGGAUAGUUGGUGGUGGAGUAAUAGGAGUUGCCAUCUGGCUACGAAUAUCUUACAAUGGAUAUGUUUCACUUCUACCUCAACAUGAGCUUCUGAGUUUAGAUUCUGUAGUUCUUAUGAGUGGUACAGUUUUAUUUGUCGCUGCUUUUCUUGGCUGUUCUGGAGCCUGGUUCAAGAGCUCCUGCCUCCUCAUUUCAUACUUCAUAUUAGUAGCUAUGCUAUGUGGAGCUGAACUGGUUUGUGGAAUCUUGGGGUUCAUGUACAGUGAGACAUUUUCUGUAUCACUUCAGCAAGAACUGCUUACUGGUAUUCAGACACACUAUAAUACCAGUGAACAUUAUGCUGGAAUAACCCUAGCUUGGAAUCAUAUUCAGCAUCAGCUCAGUUGCUGUGGUGUUCAUCACUAUGAGGACUGGUUCAAUAUUUCAGCUUGGCCUGGGGAUUCACGUGUGCCCCAUUCUUGCUGCAUCCCAUCAUUUCAGUACAUGGAUGGUAUAUUAGCAAAAUACUGUUCUUCAGCUCUUGAAAUGAUAACAAUAUUUGCAAAAGAUUGUGGCCAGUUGGAAGAAGUUUCCAUGUGGUUUCCCUCCGGUUGCUACCAGAAAGUCCAAAUUUGGUUCAAGGAGCGUCUUUAUCUAGUGGGCAUAAUUGGGUUCUUUAUUGCCUUCAUCCAGCUUUUGGGAUUAGUGUCUUCGAUGAUUCUGUUCUGUGGAACUCGACGCCGAGCCGGGUUCAAAACUUAUAAAGCUGUUAAAUCGCAAUCGGCGGUGCUAUAGACCAGGAAAAAAGAACAUUUUUCCGUAAUCAGUGGAUAAUAAUCUCGCACACUGCAAUGGGCACAUUUUUUAUUUAUUUUCUAAAUUUACCAUUGCAUGCUAUAGUGUCAAAUUAAUCAAACUAAUUCUAGUAACAUAAGACCGCACAGUUCAGUCCAUACUGACUGAGCGCGAUACCUGAAAGUGUAUGGCAAACUAUUUUCCUCGACAAUCCAACUCCGCAAGCACAAUUUGAGCGGUAAUAGUCGCAACCCUUUUAACCUGAGCUUCAUUUCUGUGACGAAUUAUGUAGACUUUAAACUCUGUGAUACGUCUACGAUCUUUAACUAAGUGCAGCUUAUUAUGAAAUGUUAUUUAGUCCUCACUUAUAGCAAAAGCCUUCUAUUGUAACGUCUCGGAAUCUCCAGAUUUUAACUGAAAUACAUUAUAUUAUUACCAUA